AUGCUCGCUCGGGCGCGCGCGCGCGCGCUGUGCGCGUGUGGAUUCGCGCGCGCGCGCGUCGUCCACGCGCGACGGUGCCCGACGGGCGCGCGCGGACGACGGGCGCGAUUACGGUCGACCGCCGCCACCGCGCUCGACGACGACGACGACGACGACGCGCGCGCCGUGGACGACGUCUCGACGCGCGCGCUGGGACCGCGGGCGAGCGCGACGACGUGGGUGUGGGCGUCGGAGGCGUACGACGUGCGCGGGGACGGUGAAGGGGGACGCGGCGCGCGGACGCGGGCGACGCGGGCGGGCGCGCUGAGCGUGGCGCCGAUGAUGGAGUACACCACGGCGCACUUCCGCGUGAUGUGCCGAUUGAUGAGCGCGAAGACGUGGUUGUGGACGGAGAUGGAGGUGGAUCAGACGCUGACGCACGCGGUGCUGGAGGGAACGCGGGUGGAUCGGUUUUUGGAUUAUCCGGUGGAGACGGCGGCGACGGUUUUGCAGUUGGGGGGGUCGGAUCCGGAGAUAUUAGGACGCGCGACGGCGAUAGCGGCGCCGUACGGGUACGAGGAGAUCAAUCUGAACAGUGGAUGCCCGUCGCCGAAGGUUGCUGGGAAAGGGUGUUUCGGGGCGGCGCUCAUGACGGAGCCCAGACUCGUGGCGGAGUGUCUGCAAGCGAUGAACGAAAACGCGCCGAGCGGGACGCCGGUGAGCAUCAAGUGUCGCAUUGGCGUCGACGAGUGUGAUUCGUACGAUGCAUUGUGCGAGUACGUCGACACGAUCGUGCGAGCGAGCGCGACGCGGCGGUUUUACGUGCACGCGCGAAAGGCGUUGCUCAACGGUUUGUCGCCGGCGGAGAACAGGUCGGUGCCGCCGCUCAAGCACGAGUGGGCGUACGCCCUCGCUCGAGAUUUUCCCGAGUGCGAGUUCCAUCUGAAUGGGGGAUUAAAAACGUUAAAGGACGUUGAGAACGCGAUCCAUCGCGGGCCCGAGGGUGGGGGGCCGAUCGCCGGCGUCAUGAUUGGUCGACAGGCGCACGCCGAUCCAUGGGGUCUCCUGAGCGCGGCAGACACGACUAUCUUCGGCGAGAGCACCAAUCCAUGCGCGUCGCGACGGGACUUUUUAGAGAAGUACGUCGAGUACGCGGACGACACGAUCGGUAGGUACGGGACGGCCAAGGAUGGGUACCGAAUCCCGAGCGUCAGACACAUGAUGCAUCCAAUUCAAAACUUGUUCCAUGGGUGCGCGAAUAACAAGAUGUGGCGACGACUCGUCGAUGAAGAGCUUCAAAAGAGAUCUAAGAAGCCGGACACGACCGUUCGAUCGAUUUUGGAGGCCACGCUGGGGGUGAUCGAGGAUGAGGAUCUCGACGCGCCGCCGCGGGCGGCGGGCAUCGAUGCGUUCGACGCCAAUCGAGAGUGGGACUUACCGACAAAGGGAGGUGGGUAUCGCGCUAUGGACCAACGCGCCGUAGUACAACAUUAG